AUGCCCCGCCGGGCCUCCCCACCACUUGAAGCCCUCGCCACUCCAGAAUACUGGAACACCCGCUACGCAACUGACUCCACUCCCUUUGACUGGUUCAAAAACCCCACAUCCAUUCACCCCUUCCUAACAAAGCACCUUCCGCCUCCAACCUCCAACCCAUCGAUCCUGCAUCUCGGCUGCGGUAACUCACUUUUACCGGAGGAUUUACACAGGCGCGGUUAUGAAGACCAGACAGGUCUUGACUUUUCGGAGGUUGUGAUCCGGGAUAUGAAGGCUAAGUAUGAGGGGUUCGAGGGGUUGCGGUGGGAGGUCAUGGAUGUUAGGGAGAUGCGCGGGGUGGGGGAUGGGGCGGUUGAUGUUGCGAUUGAUAAGGGUACGCUUGACGCAAUGCUUUCAGGAUCGUUAUGGGAUCCGCCGGAGGAGGUCAGGAGGAAUACGAAGGCUUAUGUUGACGAGGUUGCUAGGGUGUUGAAGGGUGGGGGAUUGUUUCUAUAUAUUACCUAUCGACAGCCGCACUUUGUCAAGCCCAUUAUUGGACGGGAGGAUGUGUGGCCGAGUUUCGAGAUUGAGAGUAUACAGGAGGAGGGGGGCAUGUUUGAGUAUUUUGGGUUUGUUAUGAGGAAGAAGUAGAUUAUUGGCUGUUCUGCUAAGAUGUGUAUCAUAUAAUCAUAGAUUUGGGAUACAGGUUCUGGAGUUUGGGAAUUGACCUCUUUAUUUUGUGUAGG